AUGCAUCUAUCUAUCUAUCUAUCUAUCUAUCUAUCUAUCUACAAUAAUCAGGCGAGGUCUCCAAUUCGUAACGAUCCCAACAUUCAUCUCUUUAUAUCACUGGUAUCAUUUUUUAUCCUGAUCUAUCUAUCUAUCUAUCUAUCUAUCUAUCUAUCUAUCUAUCUAUCUAUCUAUCUUAUAUAUAAAUCAUUACUAACCGCUAUAUCUAUCUAUCUAUCUAUCUAUCUAUCUAUCUAUCUAUCUAUCUAUCAGACUGCUCAUAUUUAUCUGUUUAUCUAUUUAUCUGUAUGCUUAUGGACGGACGCGGUUUGUAGAUCACUUGAAGUGGAAGACUUAAUAAACGGUCUUAAUAACCCUAAUUUGAAACACACUUAUCCUUCUAUCUAUCUAUCUAUCUAUCUAUCUAUCUAUCUAUCUAUCUAUCUAUCUAUCUAUCUAUCUAUCUAUCGAUCGAUCUACAUAAAUGCAUACUAUCAAACUAUCUCUUUCAAUACUUUCACACACAUCUUUCUCAAUCUAUCUAUCUAUCUAUCUAUCUAUCUAUCUAUCUAUCUAUCUAUCUAUCUAUCUAUCUUGCUAAAUAGAACAAUGUUUAUAUAUUCUAUCUAUCUAUCUAUCUAUCUAUCUAUCUAUCUAUCUAUCUAUCUAUCUAUCUAUCUAUCUAUAUAUAUAUAUAUAUAUAUAUAUAUAUAUAUAUUUAUUAUCAUUUUUAUCCGGAUCUAUCUAUCUAUCUAUCUCUCUAUCUCUCUAUCUAUCUAUCUAUCUAUCUAUCUAUCUAUCUAUUAUAUAUAUAAAUCUUGCAUAUCUGUCUAUCUGUCUAUCCGUCUAUCUAUCUAUCUAGCUCAGUUUUUCAUCUAUCGAAAAUCUGUUGAUAUCUAUCUAUCUAUCUAUCUAUCUAUCUAUCUAUCUAUCUAUCUCAUUCUAAUCUAUCUAUCUAUCUCAUUCUAA